AACCUAUGUAAAAAUCUUUCAUUAUCUUGAUUAAUUUCAAGAAAAUUAACCAAUUUUUUUAGUACCUUCAUAAUGAGCACUCCAGAAAGCACCCCCGGACGAUACGCAAUCGAAGCAAUGUCGGAAAUCAAUAAAUCCUUAGAGUUUAAAAAACCCAUUGGAAUCCCAAAACGGAGACAAAAACAAAAAAUUCUCGACGAAGACACUUACGUUGAGGAAUUAGGUAAAAUCAUUCAACGCGAUUUUUUCCCCGAUUUAGAAAAGUUAAAGGCACAAAAUGAGUAUUUAGAGGCAACAGCUAAUAACGAUGUGGUUAAAUUACGCGAAUUAUACGCUAAAUACAGCGGGAAUAAACAAAUUGAGCGUUUACCAAGCCCCGCGACGUUCGAAACGCCCCCAAAUCUACAUAAUUCCCAAAACAAACCCAAACAUAACCUCAAAAACGUAUCCGAAACCUCUAAAUCCUUAUCAGAAGACCCAAAAUUAAGUUUGGAUCAAUUUUUAAAUACGCAUACUUCGCAAGAUAACGAAAGUUUCGAAGAAUUAAUGAUUGAAAGUGAUCGGAAACAUAAAUUAAAAUAUUCUUACCUUUACAACGAAGAAGAGAAAAGUGAGAUUGAUAUGAAAAACCAAUUGGCGUUGCCGUCGAUUGAAGAGCAAGCUGCGUUACCUGAAAAAAAGUUAAAUGUGGAUACUUGGAGUUAUAAAAAUAAAAAUUCGAUUAUGUACGUCCCUGAUGGUGUUGAUUUAACGAAAGAGGAAGAGUUAAAAGUAUUAAAGAACCGUCAAGAAAUUAAUUAUAAUAAUACUCGGUUAAAAUCGAAUCCAUUUAAUGAUUCUCAAAGUAAAGAAGUGAUUUGUGAAUUGGCAAAAACGCAGGCGAAAGUUUUGGAUGGAAAAAUUGGGGUUGAUGGGAAAGAAUUGAUUACUAAUUCCCCAAAAUUAGGGGGAUAUUCCUUUUUGCGAUCGCCAUCACCUUGUCCUGGAGUAGCUGAGAGUCCUUUAAUGACUUGGGGGGAAAUCGAAGGGACUCCAUUUCGACUCGAUGGAGGUGAUACACCUCUCCCAAGAACUCAAGGACCAUCUUUUAAGAUUUCUGAACCACCCCGAAGGGAACAAAUCGCUUUGGCGCUUGCUGAAAAGGUUGGGGUGAGACAUCGCAAUGAAAAGAAGAAGGCAAUUGAUGUGGCUCGAAGACAAUUAUCUUCCCCAUCUCCGAGGAUUUCCACAUCUGAACGAUUAGCUACCAUGUCUCCGGCUGCCCAAAAAUUAGCAUCAUCACGGUUAAAAUUAAAUUAUUCUCCUAUGACACCAAGGGGGAAAACUUUGAAGACUCCGAGGACUCCUGGAAGAGUCUUAACUCCUAAAUUAUCAUUAGGGAUUAAAAAACCUGAUGAUUUAACGGAUGAUUUGUUGAAAAUUGAGCUUCCCAAGAGGCAAAGGGCGGCGGAUUUUUUUUAAUUUGUAAAUAAAUUAAGUUGGAAGUAAAAUUAAUGAGAUUUAAGGAUAAGAAAUAAAAUAAAUAAAAUAU